UGUGCAAGAGAGACAAACACAACACAGCUGACAUUUGUCAGAAAAAAUGUGAAGUAUCUGCACACACAGAAAGUUUAUACACACAUAUUGGCUCUAACACACAAAUAAUUCGCGAUUCAUUAUACAAAUUACGCAAAAUUCGACCUAAAAAUAAUUCCACGGUGCUCGCGUUCCUCACUCAUAUGGUGCAAGGCGUAUGCAAAUGGAGGGUUUAAAUGGUACAGCCCAAAAAUAAACAUUGGACUUGGUUGUCUCCGGGUAGUACGAAACAUCGGGCGCAAAUCGACGACUUUGUGUGUCUUUUUUUUACUUCUUCAUAUUAAUAUUAUUGAUUUACCUCCAAUCAAUUUGUCAGCUUGCAAUAAAUUAUCAGUGGAGAAAUGGAUUGCUCUGGUCUGAAUUGAUUUGGUGAAGGAUUUAUAUUUGAAGAAAGAAGGCAACAUGAAUCAGAAAAACUCUGUCUUCAAAGACAUCUACUAUGAGCCUUACAGACAUCUUCAUAGGUCCAUGAUUUACAGUCAUGCCAAAGAUAACCGCGACUUUAUACAACGGAUGGGAUUGAUGUACAGAUUGCCUGUUCACGAUGGAUGCGUAAAUACUUUGGCAUGGAGCUCCAACGGCGAGUACAUCCUCUCCGGAUCAGACGAUCAGCAUCUAGUCAUAACGCACGGUUUCAACUCCAAAGUCUUGUACAAUUACCGCACCAGCCAUCAUGCCAAUAUCUUCAGCGCGAAAUUCUUGCCUUGCCAUAAUGACCAGCAGAUAGUUUCGUGUUCCGGCGAUGGUACCCUCUUGCAUACAGAUUUGGCGAGGCCCAAGGAAAGUUUGAAGAACCAGUUCAAUUGCCAUGCGGGCACCACGUAUGAGGUGAUCACGAUACCGAACGAUCCCAACAGUUUCUUGAGCUGCGGCGAGGAUGGCACCGUACGCUGGUUCGAUCUUCGCAUCAAAUCAAACUGCAACAAGACCAUAUGCAGAGAAGAUGUGUUGAUUUCAACGCCGUGCGCAGUUACCGCUUUGGCCAUAAACCCUAUGACUACCCAUCACUUGUCCAUUGGAUGCUCAGACUCGGCUGUUCGUCUAUAUGAUCGUCGUUGGCUUUCAACUCAAUGUUCAUUAGACGUGAAUGGUGGUACGCCGUUUUGCACGUUCAUGGCACCAAGAAUGGAGGAAAGGCCGUACAGGAUCACUUCUUUGGGUUACAGCGAAGACGGAAAGGAUAUGCUAGUUAGCUAUUCGUGCGACCAUCUUUACCUAUUCACAUUAAGAGAAGCCAAAACUAAGGAGAUCAAGAAACCGCACUUCUCGCAAUGGGAUAAGAUCAAAUAUUUGGCGAAUAAGAUGGGCACCAAAAGGGAGCGACGGUCGCCGCCUCCGGUAAGGCGUUUGAGACUUCGCGGAGAUUGGUCUGACACUGGACCAGAUGCUAGACCUGAAAGGGAGACCACUUCUAGCGUCAGCGUGAUCAGUCAGGCGAGACCACAACUGCAAACCACGUUGAUGCAAAGGAUGACCGAUGUACUAUCUCGAAUGUUGAACGAUCCCAUGACCAGGGCUGCCCUCAGUGCUGGCGGUGAAGAUUCCUUGGACCAUGGAAAUCCGGAAAACCCGAGACCUGCUGAAGAGCCUCAAGAUCAAGAACCAAUCGAGCCCGGCGGUAUAGAUGCGGACGCUCUUCCCGAUUUACCGCCACCUGUCCUUCCGCUGACUCCACCUCCAGUUAUCGUAGAGCCAGCUCCAGAAGAAGAAGAUGUGGUAAUGCGGAGCGAAGAUUCUAUCGAAGAUGUUAAUAUGGAUGAGAGUGGCGAAAAUAGCCAGAGUUCAAAUAACACACCCGCAUCUCCCAGUUCAGACAGUAACCAAUCCGUAUCAUCCACAGUAAACACAUCAAUUGUCACUAGGCAGUUACGUAACCGUUUGUCAAUUUUGCGCAGUUUACGCCAGGGUUUUAUAGAGCAGCACGGCGCUGAGCCGUCCGUUAGUCUCAGGUACUCCGAACAGAGUACCUCGAAUUCAACCAUUAGCCUGUCGACCAACAACUAUGUAAACGAGGGAACAUCCACCGAUCAACGUAGAAACAGUUCGAAUGAGGAUGUGGAUUUCGAUGAUUGCGAUUGCAAUGAUGACUCCGAUUCGAAUAUGCCCGGAGCAAGAGACGGCUUCUACGAUACCUUCGAAACCGAGAUGAAAAUGAAAUACGUGGGUCACAGGAACGCGCGUGUUUAUCCUUUCAGCACAAUGAUCAAAGAAGCUACGUUCUGGGGAAACGAUUACGUGAUGUCCGGCUCGGAUUGCGGACAUGUCUUCGUUUGGAACAGACAUACGGCCGAACUGGAGAUGCUCCUCCAGGCCGACAAUCACGUCGUGAACUGUCUUCAACCGCAUCCAACUUUGCCAUAUUUAGCUACCAGCGGUAUAGAUCAUGACAUCAAAAUUUGGGGUCCCAUACUGGAGGACAACGAUUUCGAUCGCGUUCAUGCGCACGGUCUGAUGAAGCGAAACGAAAUUAUGCUGGAGGAAACGAAGGAUACCAUAACCGUUCCUGCCGCCUUCAUGAUCAGGAUGUUGGCCUGCUUGAAUCAGAUCCGACAGGGUAGGCGGAACCGCGGCGAUAACGAGCAAACCUAAGUAUAUUCAUUACUACAUUCAACGGCGGGUAUGAUCAUUAUAUUUUCAGUUUUGAAAUAGUGAUUUUGUGUAAUUAGCUGUUACCAUCACCAUUACCCGCGUUCGUUGUUACAAAGACAAAGUUUUUUUUUUGUUGCUCAAUUUAAAUUUCAGUCUCGUAAGUCCGUGUGUACACACUACUAUUUAUUAGUAGGCAAUGAGAGUAAUACCCCGAACGUAGAUACGUUUUUCUAUUUGUUUUUGCUUAUAAUUGAUUGAAUUGGGUUGUGUGCUGCCCGGCAAACGUUUAGCUUCUAUUAGUUGUUGAUAUAAGUUGUUCCUUGCUGACGUGCCAUUUGAUUCCUUUUCGAUUAUUAAAUACAUAGUAUAUUAUAUAAAUGUCAUCCAUUUGCCCUUUACUAUGUGAAUUAUAUUACACAUAUAUAUAUAUUGUAAAUUUGAUUAUUA